AUGCCAGGACCAGACUUAUUGUCCAGUCAGGGUUUGCGCUUGGAUGGGAGAAGACCAAAUGAAUUACGUAGGAUAAGAUGCAAACUCGGUGUUUUCACUCAGCCAGAUGGUAGUGCGUAUUUAGAACAGGGUAACACAAAAGUUCUUGCCGCUGUUUAUGGACCUCAUCAGGCAUCAAAAUCCAAAAUGUCUAAAGAAGCAGUAGUUGUUAAUUGCCAAUAUAGUAUGGCUACUUUUUCUACUGGAGAAAGAAAAAAUCGUCCUAGAGGAGACCGUAAGUCACAGGAGAUGUCACUCCAUCUUCGACAAGCUUUAACAGCAGCUAUAAAAACAGAAUUAUAUCCCCGUUCACAAAUCGAUAUUUACAUUGAAGUGUUACAGGCAGAUGGUGGUGCUUACUGUGCAAGUGUGAAUUGUGCAACACUUGCUCUAAUAGAUGCUGGUAUUCCUCUUAGGGCUUAUGUAUGUGCUUGCACAGCAUCAAUGGCAUGGAAAUCAGGAGUCCCUGCACCUUUAUUAGAUGUGGGACAUGUUGAGGAAGCAGCUGGAGGAGUUGUGUUAACUGUAGCCAGCUUGCCAAGUACUGGCAGCAUAGCUCUAAUGGAGAUGUCACAUAGACUGCAUAGUGAUUACUUUGAAGAGGUACUGAGUCGAGCAAUGCAAGGUUGCAGAGAUAUUGAGGUUAUUCUGGAUAGAGCAGUGAGAGAUCACUUGGCGGAAGGCUGGACAAAACAAGAUGUCGUCACUGUA